AUGGCCGCCGGUGCAGGAUGCGGGGAAUCGGUGGAUCAGUACCGGGCCGAGGUGGAGCGCCUCACGCAGGAACUGGCCGAGGCGAACCGGGAGAAGAUCCGGGCUGCGGAGUGCGGUCUGGUCGUCCUGGAGGAGAACCAGGCGCUGAAGCAGAAGUAUGCAGAGCUGGAGACCGACCAGGAGACUCUCAGGAAGGAGUUGGAGCAAUUACAAGAGGCGUUCGGCCAGGCCUACACCAACCAGCGUAAGGUGGCAGAGGACGGGGAGACGAAUGAGGAGACGCUGCUGCAGGAGUCGGCCUCUAAGGAGGCCUACUACGUGGGCCGGCUGCUGGAGCUGCAGACGGAGGUGACGCUGAGCCGCUCCGUGGCAUCCAAUGCCCAGGCCGAGAACGAGAGGCUCAACGCUCUGGUGCAGGAGCUGCGGGAGAGUAACGAAAUGUUGGAGCUGCAGCGGAGCAGGAUGCGGGAGGAGAUCAAGGAGUACAAGUUCAGAGAGACCAGGCUGCUUCAGGACUACACGGAGCUGGAGGAGGAGAACAUCACGCUGCAGAAGCUGGUGUCUACGCUCAAGCAGAGCCAGGUGGAGUACGAGGGACUGAAACAUGAAAUCAAAGUGCUGGAGGAGGAAACUGUCCUUCUCAACAGCCAGCUGGAAGACGCAUUGCGCCUGAAGGAAAUCUCCGAGGGUCAGUUAGAAGAAGCCCUGGAUGCCCUGAAGAGCGAGCGCGAGCAGAAGAACAAUCUGAGAAAGGAGCUGGCCCACCACAUCAGCCUGAGCGACAGCGUCUACGGCGCCGGGGCCCAUCUGGCGCUCACCGUUACAGGCGUCGAGGGCCUCAAGUUCCCCGAGAAGACCAACGGAACCAACGGCACCAACGGCAGCACCAUCCCUGCUGCUAACGGCAACAAUGACGACAUCAACCGCUGCAACGGCCACCUCCACACGGGCACGGGGCUGGCCAAGAUGAAUGGGGAGUACCGACCGGGCCGGAAGGGAGAAGGCCUGCACCCUGUGCCGGACCUGUUCAGUGAGCUCAACCUGUCGGAGAUGCAGAAGCUCAAGCAGCAGCUGCUGCAGGUGGAGCGUGAGAAGGCAGCGCUGCUCAUGAACCUGCAGGAGUCCCAGACCCAGCUGCAGCACACACAGGGCGCCCUGACCGAGCAGAACGAGCGGGUCCACCGCCUCACAGAGCACGUCAACGCCAUAAAGCGUCUCAACGGAGACAAAGAGCUCGACGACCCGCAAGAGAGCGAGAAACCCGACGGCGGCUCCGUAUCGCCACCAGUCAACAGCUGCCAUGAUCCCGAUAUCCACGGGUUUGAGAUCCUGGAGUGUAAGUACAAGGUGGCAGUGACGGAGGUGAUCGACCUGAAGGCAGAGCAGAAGUACAACCAGGCGGUGGAGGGGCAGGGAGACGGCCACAACGACGACCGGGUCCAGGCCCUGAGCGAACAGGUAACACAUUUGGAGCGGACUUGUCGUGAGGGCCGGGAGAGGGUGGCCAGCCUGGAGGCCGAGCUCCGAGCAGCCACGAGCACCGCCACAGAGAGCCAGGGCAUGCUGAACGCAGCGCAGGACGAGCUGGUGACCUUCAGCGAGGAACUGGCACAGCUCUACCACCACGUCUGCCUGUGCAACAACGAGACGCCAAACCGCGUCAUGCUGGACUACUACCGGCAGAGCCGCAUCACACGCAGCGGCAGCCUCAAAGGCUCAGAAGAUCCCCGGGCUUUGCUCUCCCCUCGCCUGGCCCGGCGCCUCGCUGCAGCAGCUGCAGCGUGCUCCUCCGAGUCCCCACGCAGUCCCAUGGACUCCCCAUCCAAAGACGCUCACCACAGUGAGACGACAACCAACUCAGCAGACUCUCCAUCCUGCCACAGCAGCCCCACGCGCAACCACACUGGCUCCCCAGCCAUCAGCAUCUCCCCUUGCCCAUCCCCGGUGCCCUCGGAUGCAGGUGGGGACCUGCGGAAGGAGCCAAUGAAUAUCUACAACCUGAACGCCAUCAUCAGAGACCAGAUCAAACACCUGCAGAGGGCUGUCGACCGUUCACUGCAGCUGUCCAGGCAGAGGGCUGCAGCCAGGGAGCUCGCGCCGAUGCUCGACAAGGAUAAAGAGUCCUGCAUGGAGGAGAUACUGAAGCUCAAGUCCCUGCUCAGUACCAAGAGAGAGCAGAUAGCCACGCUCAGGCUGGUGCUCAAGGCCAACAAGCAGACAGCAGAAGUCGCGCUGGCUAACCUAAAGAGCAAGUACGAGAAUGAGAAGUCCAUGGUGACGGAGACGAUGAUGAAGCUGAGGAAUGAACUGAAGGCUCUGAAAGAAGACGCUGCCACCUUCUCCUCCCUCAGGGCCAUGUUCGCCACCAGGUGUGAUGAGUACGUGACCCAGCUGGAUGAGAUGCAGAGGCAGCUAGCAGCAGCAGAGGAUGAGAAGAAGACAUUGAACUCCCUCCUCCGUAUGGCCAUCCAGCAGAAACUGGCACUGACCCAGCGCCUGGAGGAUCUGGAGUUUGACCACGAGCAGACGCACCGUGGCCGUGGCGCUAAAGUGCCCAAGAUAAAAAGCAGCCCGCCUAAAAUUGUCAGCAGCCUGCUGCCUCAGUACCGCCACUCUCCCCACAACUAA